CCAACUGCUAAUCGCUUUGGAGUACUUCGAAACUAUAAAUGUAGGGUUCUUCGAAUAACGUCGAGCCGCCAUGAGAUCAGAGAAUCACACGAGCAUACAUUUAUCGGUUUCCAACGUGGCCAGCCGUCAAACGAUAGUAAGUUAGUGAAUCGCUCCAAUGCCCUGCUGCGUCGCCGCUAGUAGAGGUUCCUCCGGCGAUUGUUAAACACAGGCAGUUAUUUGUUAUUACUACGUUAUAAAGCGUCACCGUUUAGUCGUCAUGCAAGAUGUCGUUUCUAUCAAGAAUGGUGUUCUGACUCCGGCCGCUUUGUGAGUCUAGCUUAAAGGAACCUAUUGCGGACAUUUUAAAAUAGGUAUCCUUGGGCUGUGUUUCGUUUUUUCUUACGAACUGGAGUAAUGGCAAAUGAAACUUGGAAAAACGUGCAAUAUGUUUUGUGUAAGGGACGAGUUGGAGCGCUUACGACUGGUGCUAAUGCUUCGAAAUGCUUUUGGGGUCCAAUCUGUAGGUCAAUGUACAGGUGGCAACGAGGGGGAUUUGGAGACGACUUUGCCUAUGGACAACUUAUCGCAACCAGUUCAGGCGUGCAGAAAACGUGCAAAAGACAAAGUCACCUACGUACCAAUGUUGACCCGUCACCUUUAGAAAACUCGCAAAAAAAUUACAUUUUCCGCAUGAAUCACGCCGGACUAUUUUGAAUAAUCAUUUGGUCGAAAAGGCUCAGCAAAAGGAUUAUGCCGAUCGACCUAAAUUUUGGGCAAAUGCAAGCCAGUCAACAACUGUCUUGAGAGAACCUUGACACAUUCAAAAAAAGAGCCACGAUUGCUCUAACGUAUCAUUAGAGGUAACGAUGAGUUGGUGGACGGGCAUAAUGUAGGGGCAAAAUGACAUUUGUCUGACUUGAAUAUUAAAGGCAGGUCCUGAUUGAAAAAAGCUGUAAAAUCUAAACGAAAAACCUUUUCGACUCCAUUUUGUAUUAUUGAAAAUUUUCAAAAAUACUCCAGCCACGAUAAUACAUUUGUCGGCUCGCGUGUGCCGUUUCCUGUUGCAGGAAUUUACGUAAUGCCUGGGUUGUCGUAACUUCCAUAUUCAGCAUAUCUGUUCCAUAGACCUUUCUCUACUUUUCAAAGCUCACAAAGCAUCUGAAAAGAGGAAGGUUCCGGGCAAUCGAGGAACUUAGAAAGUACUAAUGUACAGGCUUUAUCGGCACGGUUAGGUUUAAAACUGUUCUCCUGAGGUACGUCGAUUGAAUCCGGCAACGAUUAGAUUGGACGACAACAAGUAGGUUAUAGACAAUUAAAGUUUUCGCAGUUUUUAAUAGUAAAAUUUUUACAAAUAAGAGUAUAUUGUUAUUACAUCGAGUUUGGAGAUCUAGCAAAAUCAAAUAUGUCCUUCAUUACCUCAACAAACUGACAAAAUCUUACCUUUUAGUGUGUUUCACAUCAAACUUAGAAUUCAACUAUGAAAUCAAUGUUGAUUUGUAUGUAGUAGAGAUAUCGGUUGUAGUAGCAUUGUGGUUGUGUAUCGUAGUAAACGUGAGGAUAGUAAAAAAAAAAAAUGCUAAAGAAAAUGGAUAUCAAACAUAAAAUUUCCCUUUAUCACGCUAUCGUUCGGCACUUAGUAGUACUGAAUAUUCGGAACGAUCUAUGGAUACGAGAGUUCUGAUUUGCUACCAUUUAUAUCCUUGAAACGAGCCUUUCCAAAAAUUAUUCAUAAAAAUGGGCCAAAAAGAGUUUUCGAGACCCAGCCGGAUCAUAAGCCAUUUUUCUUAAGCGUGCAGAGGGUUCUUUUCAUCGUCCACGCUUUCAGUUGGUCGAUUUGUUGUUGAAUUUCUAAGCGCACGGGUCGUGUAGUGAGGUGGUUGCAGUGUGAUCUUUUUUGCAGCACCUAUAAGCGGUCGAAUUAUAGACCUUUUUCAGCUUUCAAAAUGAGUCCUUUUACGAUGAGAGAAAAAUCUUCGUUCGUUGGACCCAUUUGGAAAAUCGCUAUGCGCAUUAAUACGAUCGACCGAAUCAACAGUUCGAAGCAAAACUGCGGGCGAAUUAAACCAAAUUUUAUCCUACAACACAGCUCGUUUAGGAAGAAUAAGGUAACCGGUACGUCGUCAACAUCAUCAGCCCAGGACGAACCCAAACCCCGAUCGUCGAGUAAAAUAUUGCCUCGGUCACCUACAGAAGUUGUUCUUUCACAACCUCUAAUCGAAGUGUCGCCACGGCCUUCGUAUAACACGCCAGCUCUAGCUGGGCCUAUGGCAACCCGAGCCAGCGUGACAAGCGGUCGACACUCGAAUUCAACAUCUAAUUCAUCCAGCCCAGCCCCACCGAGGAGACUAACGAGCACUCCAGCUCGGUCGAACGCAGACUUUGUCAAGGUGGUACUACGCGAUUUCCCAGGUUGGGCACAUGAUCAUCUGGUCUCCCUGCGAGGGGUACCUGCGGGAGCACGCUGCUCAUCAUGUGCCUGUGUAGCGGGCACACUAUUUAAAGCGCCUUGCACAUGUGCCUUCUGUACCGUUUGCCUACGGAAAAUCGGUAUGGAAUCUGUUGUCCGGUGUCGGACGCAUGGAUCCGAUACGCUACGAUCAGAGUUCGUGGAAGAUCCGUACGUUUACACAUUAUGCAUGGAUUUAAAUGCAAUGUGUAUUUGGAACGCUGACGGAUGCAACUUCGAAGGAUCCCUCAUUAACGUGCAUGAACACAGCGAAGGGUGUCUUUUUCGAGAGGAAACUUGUCCGGACUGUGACAAGUGCGUCUCCUUUCGAGCUCUGGCCUCCCAUCGGGCUGCCACCUGCACUCAACGUAAAGUAGCCUGUCAAAUGUGUGGACAGCAUCUGUUUGCUUCGACACUUGAGCGUCACAUAAGCGUCUGUCCAGAUGUCGAAGUUCUUUGUCAGCUGUGUGGUCGACGAGAUAUCAAACGCGGUCAAAGUGAGGUUCACCGUAUAGAGUGUACCUCCAUGAAACGGGCAUGUCGUUUACAUGUGUUCGGAUGCACACUCAAGGCAACGAGUAAAGAAUUACGCGAUCACGAAUCUACGGAUAUUCAUUUAGAUAUGAUUGUUUCUCACGCUGGUCGGCAGGAACAAAGGCUGAGAAGACUUGAAGAAAAUCAACAAACGAUUAUACGAGGAGCUUACCAAAACGUGACUGAUACUGUCGAUUCAACUGCGUUAUCUAGUAAUGAACUCCUGAAGUCGAUUGAGGUGCUGCGUUCGCAAGUGUUACAACUUUCGAACCAGUUGAAAAUGAUCAGCAACGCUCUGCUUGAGGACCCUUUCUUCUGGAACCUCUGUCCCUAUAAGGGUAUUCUGGAAAUUGCUAGCGAUGGGGCACAGGUUCUCUACAGCGACAGCUUCUAUACACCGACUAUACCCGGAUAUAAGGUGCAACCGGCCUCGCGCUUCACGAUAUUCAAGUCACUUCCUCACCUAAACAUAUAUCUAUUUACGACUGUGCCCAGAGGGCAUACGAUGAGGCUUCGCCUGCUCGUGGACCACCGAGCACGUCUUCUUCAUUUAACUCCUCAGCUGCUCCCUGGGGCCUUCAACAAUGUCAUGCCUUGGCCGUUUCCGUCACAGUAUCUAUUACGUCUCGUCGACCAGAGUGGACAAGGUCUUCAUAAAGACCUCCCAGUAACUACGGGUGCUACAGGCAAUAUUGAAAAGCCACUGGAAUCAGGACGGGUCUUGCGGUCACCCAACCUUCAAGUGAAGUUUGAUGAACUUGAAUGCGAAGGUGGCAUCCAGUCUGGAAGUGGAACGUCAAACGGUGCCCUUUAUAGCCAAAACGAUUGCAUCGUAUUCAUGUUUAAGAUGAACCUUCCUGCAGACUUUAUAGAGAGAAUGUGAGCUCGCUAAAAUGGAGCUUAAUGCAACUAAAGAACGAUGAAGAUGAGCUGCGUCUACUUAAUAUAUCAACUGAAUUCGAAUGCUUCGGCCCGACUGAGAGGUUGGGGCAUUUUUAAGUAUUUACUUGAUUAUUUUGAACGACUUGGAUGCGAAGCCAUGGGCAAAAAGUUGCCCGUUGCCCGACAGGUCUCAGCCUAAGUGAAAGUCUCUAUUUCAGUUCUAUCGUAAAACUACGGUGAAUUUAGGUUUGAGCUCAUACUCAAAAAUGAUUGUUGCAAUAUUUGACUUCUAUACUGGCUUCAACAAGUAUUGUUACUUAACCUGAUUAUGCUAUUAACUCACGCCUACAUAGUUCUAAGUGUACCUAAAUGUUCGCUACCGGUAUUUUGUUCAAACGUAAAAUGAGCCUGAAUUCUGACAAUCGUUGGUCCUGUGAUACAGAUCGACGCUUGUCCUUCAGGUUGACCAAUCCGGCAACUGUUAUUUGUGAUAGCUGAGAGUGGAAGCCUGCGUGCGCUGUUAUUCAUUAACCAAUCGACCGGUGUACUUUUAGCUAAAUUUAAAAAACACAGAAACCUUUAAAUUGUAUGGUCAUGUAGAAAUGGUUACGACUUCGUAUCUUUCACGCAUGGUAAAAUAAACGAUUAUUGAAAAAGCCUUAA